AUUUCGCUAUGCCAUCUAUCCAACGGCACGUACUGACUGAAAAUACGACGUGAAACGACCCAAUUUCGCGUUCAUACCGAUAACUUCUGAUUUAAAUUGUGUUCGGUCACUGCAAGGCAUCAAUCAUUGGGAACGCGCUCAGAAAAUCCUUCUCGUGGCUCCCAAGUGAGUCGGAGAUGGAUUUUAAAGAGCCGAGUUCGCAGGCGGAAGCAACAGAAGCCCUGACAAAGUUUCGUGAACAAUGGGCUGCUUCACUGGACACAGAGCGGGUGGUAGAGGCCUUCGAGUGGCUCGAAAAGCUUGACGGCAGAUGGGAACAGAUGCAUGUAGACAUCCUUUGUGUUAUGGGAGAGCUUGCCGCAGGCACAAUGGAGCUUGUAUCGUGCCGUCGAAUUAUUGAGUAUCUUAAAAGAAAUUCACAUCGCUGUAAGGGUGACGCUGGAAAAGCGUACGUCGGCAUAGCCAUAAUGGUGCAUUUGUUGAAGGACGAGUCUACUGCGAUACUAGCAGGAAAUGUACUUUCAAGUGUGCGGACGGCAGUUUACAAAGAUGAGGCAACUUUGGCAUCAGUAAUUGAUAUGUUUAAGACGAAACUUGUACCGAAAAUGAAAGAGCUGGCUGAUAACAAGAAAUUCCUAGAUGCCUUAGCUCUGUGGAGGGCAAUGGUUCGUUUCACUGGAUUCGAAAAGGUGCCGACUGCAGUAACAAAUGGCGUUUUGCAUAUUGCCACACUUGCGUUUAAGGAGACUAAUCCUAGCGUACAUGCCGACGCGUUCAGUUCUUGGCGAAUCCUUGUUGAGAGUUUGCCCCGUUAUAUGUUAAAGAAGCCGGCAUACAUAAAGCUUCUACUCAACCCUUUAAACCGUGUGUAUCGGGACACAGAUGCAGCAACGACCCCGCAUAAGUUUGGCGCAUGGUGGCAAGUUGUCCGUUCGCUUGAGGAUGAUAUUGAAGCACAUUUUGACGACGUAGUGUUCCCGCUUAUUAAUAAAAUCUUCAGUAUUCCAUCGGCUAAAACAAGGCAGGUCAAUCCCACAGCUUUCGCUAGUCCCACAAGAGAAAUCCCACAGGAGGCAUAUGCCAUCCUCGCUUUAAUUCUCUACAAGGGAACUAUUGAGAUAAUGACAGAAAUGUCAAAACUAAAUGACAAUCUACCCAUAAAUGAGCAUACUAUAAAAGAUGCCUGUUUUGUUAAACACCAAACAUUGCUGACAGAGGUGUUCACACUUGUACUGAACAAUAUUGUUCACGGCGUUACUCCUCCGCCUCAAGGUUACCCAUACCUGCUAGCGAAAAUACUGCUUUCUCGAAUAAGCUCCCUCUAUGACAAUGGACACUAUGGUUUGGUGCGUGCGUUUCUCUCUAUGAUCUACAAAUUGGUUCAAGCUAGACUGUUCGACACCGAGCAGAUGCUAAGCGUAUUUAGCGAUUUAGCUAAUGGCGUUCCUCACAAGGUAAUGGUGUCAUCACAGUUUAACUUGCGAGAUGGUUCAUCAAGUAUGCAUGAAUGCCCAAUCAUGUCACUGACUGCCUUUUUCGUCCAGCACGUACCAACUAUGUGUGAAAAAGAGAGGCACGAUGCCCCGGCGUUGAAGAUUACCAAAAACAAGCGUACCUACCGUCAAUUACUUAAAGCGUUGCUCGAAUGCGGGAGCGCGGGUAUGAACUUCCUACAUUUUGCCGAUCAUGCUUCCAAGAGUCUAGCUCAAGCGGAGGGUGUUCUUCAGACAGACUCCUGGCUCGAAAUAGCCGAUCAUUUGUCCAGCUUCAUCAAGCACACGCAUGAAGUGAAUCAGGGCGGCAGCCUAGAACAUGAUUUUAGCGCACUAAUUAAUACUCUUAAAUACCCAUUCAGUUACAGGCCGAACCUGAGUCUGACAAGUGAUGUAAUAAAAAAAUGGACGGACCUGUUUACAGUAUUUGCGAUCGAUGCGGCCCUCGUAAAGGAUGUCGGGGUAAACCAACACAUUGAAGAACUAUGCGCACACCUUUUGGAUGAGCUCUCUAAAACCGAAUUUGACCUCAAUAGAUUGAUGUUCUGCAGUCAAGCUUUUGAAACUGUCACGAAGCAAGCAUGCUUAGAAACCGUCACGAUCGGUAAAAAAAUCCCAUUGGGAAACCUCCAUUCCCUUGUGAAGUGUGUAUCCCUGCUCGCUAAUCGUAGCCACGAGUUUAUUCAAAGUAAGAAACAACUGAAAUCAAACUGCCAGUUCUUUAUUAAUAUUGUCCAUAUAUGCAGCGCGCUGAUCCAACGCACCAACGAUGUGUCUCUAUGUAGACAUCUUUUGCUUACGAUCGUUCCUGAAAUUUUACCACUUCUUGAGCAUACAAAAAAUAAGGCAGCGGUGCGGGAAACUUCAUUGACUCUCGUCGAAUUGCCUCUGCUGCACGCAUUAGCCAUGUUUGCCGAUGCCUUUGUCGACAGGGCAGAGAAAGUUGGCAGUAGCAGCGAAAAUGAGAAGUUCUUCCAGAUGGCGCGAUCCGCAAUUGAACAUGGAAGCGGCCACUGGAAGAGUAACAUCCGGGACCCCUUUGUCAGGUACGCAAAGUUUCUGUCUGUACCUCUCUCGCAACCUGAGCAGGUAUCGCAGAGUUUUUCGCAGGAUGUUGUCGUUGAUGAUGUGUCGCCUGUCACAAUUCAGUCAAAGACUCCGGUCAAAGCCGCAACACCCACCUCUGGCGCAACUGUUAAACGUCGAAGCUCGCGUAAGGCAACCAAAGAAGACGAAGAGUUCACUCCGAUAAAAACAGCUAAAAAGAAGUCAAUUUUCACCGAACAUCAACUUGAAAAGCAAUCUGAAUCGAAAAUCAUUCCUAGCAUGUAUCAGGAUCUAUCGCAAAGUAUCGAUAAGAUUUCAUCGCAGCAAAACGGUCCUACUAACAAUAGUAAUAAUCAGCUGCUGAUCACGGAAACUCGGGUAGUGGCUCCAGUCAUUGACGAGGAUGCUGUCUUUGAAGAUAUUACCCCUAAGGAAAUGGAACAGGAGAAGGCUCCAAUCGAAGACGAUGACUCAAAGCGAGCUUCCAAAGUUAAACAUAGUCUAGCAGGCAAAGAUACCGAAGCUGACGGCGUCAAACCAAUUGAGAGCGGAGACACGAUCGAUAUCAAAGAGCUCCACAGAACUCCGAUAGAACAGGCUCUUCCGGCUAUCGUACCGCAAGAGGUGAUACCUGCUACAUCGCCAGAAACCCCAAUCGUAGUUACUGAUAACAACAACGAAAAUGAGGAGCCUCUAGUAAAGAAGAAAAAGCGGUUUUCGUACAGCGAGACUGAUGAUAUGCCGGAGCCUGUAGUCGUCAUUGAUAACCAGCCAUCAACCCUAAGCAAAAUGGUUGAAAUGAUGCAAAAUGAACAGCAGGAACGGGAGAAAGAAGAGACGAUACCGGUCAACUCUCCGCUCAGACCCCAGGGCGCUCGUAAAAGAAAACUUACAGGUCAGCCGAUCGAGUCUCCAAUCACGGCAAAGCUACAACAGCGUAAUUUCAUGAUAAAUUCACCCUCAUCGCGAUCACGUAUGAUGCUCGAAGCUGCGCAAGCGCGGCAUACUAUGAAUGCCGGUCCUGUUGUCCAAUCCUCUACCGUUCAUUCUGAGGGUCGUCACGCUCUCACAAGCUCAACGCCCUGGCGAGAGAAAGCGGUAGCGUUUGCAUCCACAGAAAGGACUGUGGAUAGCGGCAGUCCUCAACCCAGCUCGAACGGCGGAUUUGCAACACCGGUGAGUCCAACAGUUGGCCGAAGUAUCCUUAAGCGGGUUUCGACAGGUGCCUCGGUCAAAAAAGUGUCUUUUAGUCGCGCAAAUGAAGUCUGUGCCUACGACAAACAUCCACGGGUAAGUACUGCGAAAUCACUAUUCCCACCAGUCAUGGUGCAAAGUGAUCAAAAUUCAAGUACCGAAACCAGCCACAAUUCGCUCAAGGGGGUUGACCUUGACCAAAGCAUGCAUGUGUCUGAUACCAAUAAACUUGCCAAGGAAGAGGAAUCAACAACGAUUUCAGCUACAAGUUCUGUUGCGCCAGCAGCCGUAGUAGACGCACCCACAUCUGAAUCAAUAGUCGUCGAAUCCAUGAGCUCGGACCUUGCAAACGAUCCCAGUAAGUUGGAUGAGUCAAGCAUUGUUCUGCCGGACAUCACUAUACCGGGUCAGGGCGAAUCCAAAGCUCCUGCCUCGGACCCGCCUAUCGUUGAAUCAAAAGCCACAAUGACACUAAAACCAUCGACGCCAAAGGUCACCGUUUCUGAGGAAGUGUCGCUUGUCAGACGGAUUGAGAAUGCCGCGGAUACAUUGCCUAUUGAAACUAACAAAAUUGCUGAGUCAAUCAACAUUGUAGAAUGUAUAAAGUCCGCCCACCCGGAACAGUUGACGGCUGUGCUUGAAUUGAUCGUGUCAGAUAAGUUCAUCCAAACACUUAGUCCCGAAGUUCGGGGAACUUUUUUCUCUAAGUGUCUAGCAACAAUGAGCUCUUACCAGUGUCGCCACUAAUGUGUUCUUCAGUUCUAGUGUAAAUAAUAAAAAAAACAUGUUUUUUGUGUGUGUAUUUGGAUAAUUGCUGAGUAUUAUUUGUAGCCGACAUUCGUUUUGAAAGUGAGAAAUUUAUUAUUCAUAUUUGUCAUGUAAAACAAGUCGAAAAUGUUGUACUUCAAGAUGGAUCUCGAAACGCGGAGGAUCCCGAAUACUUUAAGCAGUUUUCAUUACAUAUCAUAUGAUUUAUUGAUUGAAUAUGAUUAUGCUGAAGUUGACGACCAAUGAAUGAGCGUGCGCUGUAGACCAGCACACGUUUCGACAACUUGCCCGCUAUCAUACGAAGAAACUGCUUCAAGACAGGUGUAUAUUUAUGAACGCGGAGAUCGCAGUCACCAACUGAACCGUUAUCUGUUUGCACCGAUGCUGAAAAUUUUAGAAGACAGCCUUAAAACGUAGGCUCACAGUAUUAACUGUUGCGGUGAAACUGAGCAGAAAUUGACAGGCUGAGCAGACGCUGCCCCGAAAAUUUAUGUUAUUUUCACGUGUCCACAUAAUUAAUGGUGGCAGUAGAUGAGAGUUAUCGCCGUAUACAACUAACGGCAAUUCUUAUUCAAUCAGGUAUGCGUACGUGCAGUACACUAUAUACAAGUGUCUCUGCGAUUAUACAUUCAAUACGUCUGCAUCUUGUUUAAUUGUAUACGCACCACAAGCUAACGGGCCUCGUCAUAAAUGUCAAUCGCAUGGAAUCGCUGAAUUCUGAAGUUGCAAAACACCUGCGUUUCCAUUUGCAUUAAUAGAUAUCAUCAAUUUGCCAUGGUUAUCUACAGGGAUCACUGGGAAAUGAAGUAAGAGUAGCUUCAUUUGUCAAGCGAAAUCAUUAUGGGCAAUGCUGAAACGUACAGCAAAAAUUUCAUAUAGGGCAUUGAUUUGAGAUUCUGUAAUGAAUGGCAAA